GCACAACGCACAAUUGACUCCACGAACGUGGAACUUGGUUGCUGUGGUUGGGGGGUCAAUGGUGUGGGUUAAACGGCAUUAGGCCGACAGGUUCCGGCAUGGUGGGAUAAACCAGACGACAGCACUGCGGCGGGCCGACGCAGGGGCGGCGGCAGCGGCCGUGACGGGCUGCGCCAUGCCGAUCCAGGGUCCACAGUGGACCGAGUUCCUCACCUGCCCCAUCUGCUUGUGGGGCUUUAACCGCGAGCGCGGCCCCGUCAGCCUCAGCUGCGGCCACACCAUCUGCAAGGCAUGCCUACAGGAGCUGCACAGGAAGCGCUGCCCAUUCGACCAGUCGGUGAUCGGGCUGGACCUGGACCAGCUGCCGCUCAACUGGGCGCUGCUGCAGCUGGUGACGGCGGGCGAUGUGCAGCGGCCGGCGGCGCCGCCGCUCAGCCUUGCGCCGCACGAGCACCAGGCCUACCUCAGCGCCAUUUGCCGCAUCGAGGAGCUGGCGCUGUUCCUGAAGCCGCUCCCGCCCGGUGGCGGGUCGGGCGGCGGCGCGGGCGGCCCCAGCGUACUGUCGCGCUCCAUGCAGCGUAAGCUGGUGACGAUCGUCACGUGCCAGCUGCUGGAGCCGGAGGGGCGCAGCCGCGUACUGCGCGCGUGCCGCUCGCUCGGAGAGCGCACCGUCACCGAGCUGAUCCUGCACCACCAGAACCCGGCGCAGCUGUCGGCCAAUCUGUGGGCAGCCGUGCGCGCGCGCGGCUGCCAGUUCCUCGGGCCUGCCAUGCAGGAGGAGGUACUGCGCCUGGUGCUGCUGGCGCUGGAGGAGGGGUACGCCCUCUCGCGCAAGGUGCUCGUCAUGUUCGUUGUACAGCGGCUGGAGCCGCACUUUCCGCAGGCGUCCAAAACCAGCAUCGGCCACGUUGUUCAGCUGCUGUACAGGGCCUCCUGCUUUAAGGUGACGAAGCGCGAGGGCGACUCGUCGCUGAUGCAGCUCAAGGAGGAGUUCCGCACCUACGAGGCGCUGCGGCGCGAGCACGACGCCCAGAUCGUGCAGAUCGCGCUGGAGGCCGGCCUGCGCAUCGCGCCCGACCAGUGGUCAGCCUGCUAUACGGCGACCGUGGCGCACAAGUCGCACAUGCAGAGCAUCAUGGACAAGCUGCAGUCCCCGUCCAGCUUUCAACAGUCGAUACAGGAGCUAAUAAUAUCGCUACAGAAGACGGGCGACCCGGCCGGGCUGUCCCAGACGCGGCUGCGGCUGCAGACACUGGCCGCCGUCGAUCCGGCGCCGGACUCGCUCGACACGGACUGGGAGCAGGUGGUGACGGCGCUGGAGGCGGCCGUCGAAGUGGUGCGUGUGCUCAUCAGCUUCGUGCACAACCACGGCGGCCGGCGUGUGCACGUGGACACGACGCACGCGCAUAAUGCCAAGUACAAAACGAAUCUGUGCCGCGACCUGAAGCAGCGCGGCACGUGUCCGCGCGGCCCCGCCUGCACCUUCGCCCACUCCGAGGAGGAGCUGGAACGGUGA